AUCUAUAGAUGAAACAAAUAAACAAUCCAGAAUCAAUGGAAAAUUCAGUAGGAUUAAUAGUUGGUAGUUCUAAUUUAUGAUUAUUCUGUUGGCAAAACAGUGCAUAUAUAAAAUCCGAGUCCGCGGGGCAACAGGCAUCUAGUUGGUCUUGAAAGACCUCCUCCUCCAUCUCCAUGCCGGCCUUAUUUUCCUCACAAAAUCCAUGGCCAAGGUCCCUGAGAAAACAAGCCCUCCGUUAAAACCCAAAACCACUACCUUUCUUGUUUGUUUCAGAUUUUCUAGUAGAAAAACCCUCCGAUCCCAUGAUUACAACAACAACAAGAUCAUUAAGAGUCGCAGCUGGUUUUGUUGGUCAAGGUUUCGCUCGAAGAAGGCAGCCGCCACAAAAACGGUGGUGCCCCUCGACGUCUCCACCGUAUCUGAGAAACAAGCAAUCCCGUCCACGUUGGUCAAGUUGGAGCCAAAGUCAAAGCACGGUAAGUUUGAACCCAAAAACGAAGUUCCGGCAGCAACCGACGUCGUGGGGGGCCCAGGUGUUCCAAUUCAGCCUCUGAUAGUCUCCGAAAAAGCUCCUAAUUCUAAACAAAAACCUCCAGAGGUACACCAGUCAUAUGCAUCCUCCGACAUGAUCAGCCUCGAAAACAGCACACAGGGCUCAGAUGCUUCAAAAGACUACACGUAUCAAAAGCGGCGGCUGUCUUUUCGCCGGAAAGUUGAAUCUAUAAGAACAUCCGCAGCUGGGGGUGCCGGCAGCAGCCAACCCGGUUCACCGGUUCAGCAGGAGAACAAGUCAAGGGGAACAGUCGCCGUGAUCUCUCCCCCGGCAACAUCGCUGCCCGUCACUCCGAAACGUCCAAGACGAGGAGGAGGAGGGUCUUCAGCUAUUCCGUCGUCGGCACGUAAAACGUGGUUGGUGUCAAAUGAGCUGACUAUGAGCACGAAGAGAUUGGACCCGCUGGUGGGUAUGACUAUUAUUAUGGUCACAUUGAUUAUAAUGGUAUUAUGGGGCCGAUUAUGCGCCAUUCUCUGCACCGCCGCAUGGUUCUAUCUCCUCCCUCGUUUAACUCAGAAUAGUAAUUUAACAACAACAUCCUCCACCGCCGGCGAUGAUCAUUUGGACUUCAGUUCCGACGAAUACAAGAAGAAGGUGGUCUUAGAGGGAUUCCUCGAAAGGAAUAACCACCGCAAUCAUGUAAUAUGAUAUUUUGAAUCCUCCUUUAUGUGAUUUUGGUCCAUGUCCUAGCCUUGGUUAGAUUUGCUUAUGUAAGAAUAUGUAUUGUGCCUUGUUACUUUGGGAUUUUGUGAAUUAAGCUUUGUAUUAGGUAAUUAAGUAGCUGGAUGAUGCAUCGACUGCUUUAAUUUGUUUGAUUAAUUGGCAGCAGUUGUGGAUUUCACGUGAGAUGGGUGUGCAGAUGUCACAUUUGGAUCAACAUCGAUCGACUCUGGCUAUACGUAGCGGCCCCUCCUUCCCCGUGAAAUAUCAAUCAUACAUGGUUAUACCA